GAAUUAUUAUUGGAUGUACAAUUGCAAACAUAUUAUCACAACUAUUAGAAUGAGUAAAUUCUACAUUCUCUUUUCUAUUUUUUAAGUCAGUUUAUCUAUAAUCCUUUUGAUCUAUGUAUGAAAUAUAUACAACUAGAUUAUAACAGAUCCAAUCCGAAAGUACUUUUAUCAUUUAUAAAUUACUUUAGUUUACAUCAAUCUAUUGUUGUCUAAGCUGAAGUUAUACUUACCUUGGCAAUCCUUAUUGAUAUUACUUUGAGAAUUAUUGCAGAAAAUAAAGUAUAUUAUUAAUUUAUUUUGUAAAGCUUUUCUUUAAGGAUAAAUGGAAUCUCAUGGAUUUAGCAUCUUUUAUUAUUAUACUUAUUUUACUAAUUAUCUUUUAUUCUAUCAAUAAGUAUAAUCCUUCUAUAAUAAUCAAGUGAAUUCAUUGCAAUAAUUGAUGAUGUGAUUGGAUUAAUUGUCAUGGUGUUAAGAUAUGUUGUCCAAAUUAUUAGAUUAGUUUUACUAAUUAAAUAGUAAGAAUAGUAUUAAAUAGAUCACAUAAGGUUAAACAACUCUAAUAAAUUGAUGAUAUCAAAUUUGAAUAGGUAGAUAAAUAAAAUGAGGAAACUAUCGAUAAAUAAUAAUAAGAAGUUGAUACAAAUUUAUGA